AUGGGUGACAUUUAUGUGCCUUACUUUGAUUUCCGAAAGAAUAUUUUGGAGCAGCAAUUAAAAUAUAUUGGAUUGAAUAUUUUUGAUCCGGAGUUCAAGUUCAACUUAUUGACAGCCUUUUACUGGCUCGAUAUUUCUAUUUUUACCAUCAUCAGUAUCAUUGACUUGCAUUUUUUCUUUGGACAAUUAAAAGAAUUCGUUUUUUGCAUCGUAACAUUGCCUUAUGUAGUGUUUUUCGUACCCAGAUUCUAUAAUUUGCAAUUCAAGAGAAAGUUGAUAAAAGAUCUCUUUGACGUUGUUCAUAAAAAUUGCAUAGAUUUUCAUGCAGAUGAGUGGAAAGAGAAACAAUUGUUCGGAAAAUAUGUCGUUUGGAUCAAGAAAAUUGCCGUUUUAACAAACAUCAUGGUCGGAAAUGUUGGAAUUACUUGUUUCUUCUUGCCUGUUUUUAUUUACUAUUUAUCCGGCGAAAAAACAUUGCCUUUUGGUUUCAUCCUCCCCGGAAUUGAUUACCAAUCGGGAGCUGGUUAUUUCAUCAACUAUGCCUAUCAUGCAUUGCAAAUUGUUAUGGUGUCGACAGCAUAUUUGCCAAUGUUUCAUCUCCUAACGUUCUACGUUUGCAUGGCUUGUUUCCAAAUUGACUCGUUAGUCAUCAAGUUGCAAAAAUUCAAUUCAAAAUUGAAAUCCAUCAAGGACACUUGUUUGCCCGAAUUGGAAAGUUUGGUAAAAUCUCAUCAAAGUUUCAAACUUUUCUUGAAAAAUGUCGAUGCAGUUUUCGCUACGCAGAAUUUGCUGGAUUUGACGUGUAUCGGAUUUCAGUGCGUCAUCAUUUUGUUCUAUUGUACCACGGAGUUCUGGGCAACGGGUUAUGCUUUGGUAAUGCAAGCGGUAACGCCUUUGUUUAUUCAAUGCUUGUAUGGCGUUGUGAUUCAGCUAAAAGGAGAACGGCUUGCGCAGGAAAUUUACGAACUGAAUUGGUAUUCAAUGAAUGUUCCUGAAAGGAAAGUGUUGCUGGUUUAUCUUAUGGGCGCUCAAAAUAUUCAAAUGUUGACCUUUGCAAAAUAUUUACCUGUGAACUUGGAGACGUUUGCUCAGGCAACCAAAGGCUGUUACAGUGUACUGAUGUUUCUUGUGAAUCGACAAACCUAA